AUGGCCAACCAAGUGGUCUGCCAAGAAGCCAGCCACAGCUGUAGCUGGUACACAGCCUCAGGUCCUCAACUGAAUGCACAACCUGCUAGAGCUGUUAUUGCCACCCGGAGAAUAUUCAUCCUUGGGCCUUCCUAUCAUGUGCCCUUAUCUCGAUGUGCAUAUUCCAGUGUGGAUGUAUAUAGAAUACCUCUGUAUGACCUUUGUAUUGAUCGAAAGAUUUAUGGAGAACUAUGGAAGAGAGGAAUGUUUGAGCACAUGUCUCUGCAGACAGAUGAAGAUGAACACGGUAUUGAAAUGCGUUUGCCUUAUACUGCUAAAGCCAUGGAAAGCCGUAAGGAUGAGUUUACCAUUAUUCCUAUAUUGGUUGGAGCUCUGAGUGAGUCAAAAGAACAAGAAUUCGGAAGACUCUUCAGUAAAUAUCUAGUAGAUCCUAGUAAUCUCUUUGUGGUUUCUUCAGAUUUCUGCCAUUGGGAUCAAAGGUUCUGUUACAGUUAUUAUGAUGAAUCCAAAGGGGAGAUUUAUAGAUCCAUUGAACAUCUAGAUAAAAUGGGCAUCAGUAUUAGAGAACAACUAGACCCCAUAUCUUUUAGCAAUUACUUGAAGAAAUACUGUAACACAAUAUGUGGAAAACAUCCCAUUGGGAUGUUACUAAAUGCUAUCACAGAGCUCCAGAAGAAUGGAAUGAAUAUGAGCUUUUCAUUUUUUUAA